GGUAACUCGCCGGACAAGAAGAUAAAACAGAGAGAGAGAGAGAGAGAGAGAAGAAAUGGAGAAGUAUUUUGGAAAUGCGUACAGGGGUGAUCCAGGAGUGCCACAUGCUGAUGCGGAUCGUUUCGUGAAUAUAUGGAUUGGUUCUGCUGCUUUCUCCGUUCUUACCUGGGUCAAUCCUUACAUGUGGCAGCUCUCUAACCAGUUCAAUUAUCAUGACAAGUGGAUGCUGUUUGAGCAGUACCACUGGAAAAAAGCGAGGGCAAAGAAGGAGCCUUACGAAUUCAAGUGGAAUAAGAUACCUAAAGAAGUCAGGGACUCGUAUUAUUACAACUGGCCUGUCUACUUCCCAUAAAUGUCUCUCUGUGUUGCGCGCCCGCCCCCUUGUGAAUCAGAAGAGAAACCAAAAACUUGUGGAACUUCUAUGGAAUCUAGCUCUAUCUCUCUCUUCUUUGUUCUGUUCUUUGUAGUACUUUUGGGUUUUUAAGUUCUUCUUGUAAUGGUCAGUCAUCUUCACUGUUUGAACUCGUCUGGUUGAAUCUCUUAUGGCAUUUUUGAAAAAUUAGAAACUCUCUCUUUUAAGCUCAGAACUAGAAUCUGUUGAUAUGAUCACCAUUACCACC